AGACAGAGAGACAGAGACAGGAAGAGAGGCUGCUGUUGCUUUUGGUUUUCUGAGGCAGGCAGCACUGUGUAUGCAUGUGUGUGAGUGUGCACGCACGUGUCUGUGUCUCUUGUUUUCUUGCCUUCUCUCUCGGAGGGAGGCCAGGCCCCCGCUGGAUAAUAAAAGGACUCAGAGGAGGGCAGAGCAAGGCCGGUGCACGGCAGGACAGACAGACAGGGCAGUGUGUGGGCAAAAGAGAGGAGGAAGGAAGGGAAGGGAAACAGAGGUGAGGGGUGUCGGGGCGGGAGCGGGGGGCGGUGGAGGAAGCCGCAGCUGUGGAGUUUGGAGCAAGUAUAAAUAGCCGCCUGGACACGGCGCUCGGCCGAGCAGGGUCUGCAGCCGCGGCUCUGCGGGCAGGCCUGUCCACGCUCGGCCACACAGCACAUCCCGGGCACGGAGGGGGCGCUGGCAGGCAGAGUCCCUGGGGGCUCUGACCAGACACCCCUCGCCAUCGCCACAUCUCUGGAUGCCCUCCUGGCCAGCCAUGCUGCUGGGCAGCCUCCUCCUUAUGGUGGCCACCGUGACUGCAGCCCAGCGGAGAGGGCAGGAGGCGGGCGGGCGCCGGCGGGCGCACCGCGUCCAGCACGGCCAGUGCAGCUACACCUUCGUGCUGCCUGAGCCCUGCGCGUCCGAGCCUGAGGCCUUCGGGGGCUCCAACAGCCUCCAGAGGGACUCGCCGGCCGCCGCCACACUGAACCUCGGGGACUGGUCAGCCCAGCGGGUGCGGCAGCUGGAGAAGAUGCUGGAGAACAACACGCAGUGGCUGCAGAAGCUAGAAAGGUACAUCCAGAUGAGCUUGAGGUCGGAGCUGGCGCAGGCCCAGCGGCACAUGGUCCAGAACCAGACGGCCACCAUGCUGGAGCUGGGCACCAGCCUCCUCAACCAGACCACCGCCCAGACCCGCAAGCUGACCAGCGUGGAGGCUCAGGUCCUGAACCAGACAUCACGAAUGGAGAUCCAGCUGCUGGAGACCUCACUGUCCACCAACAAGCUGGAGAAGCAGCUGCUGCUGCAGGGCCACGAGCUCCACCGGCUGCAGGGCCAAAACAGCGCCCUGGAGACGCGGGUGCAGGCCCUGGAGACGCAGCAGCAGGCGGAGCUGGCCAGCCUCCGCGGCGAGAAGGAGCGGCUGCGGCGCCUGCUGGGCCGCCAGAGCGGCGCCCUCGCCGGCCUCGAGCGCAGCCUGCGCGCCGCCAGCAGCAACUCCAGUCUCCUGCAGCGCCAGCAACGCCAGCUGCUGGAGUCGGUGCAGCGCCUGGUGCGCGUCGUGGCCCAGGGCCCGGCCUCCCUGAGGGCAGCCGAGCAGGUGUUCCAGGACUGUGCAGAGAUCCAGCGCUUCGGGGCCAAUGCCAGUGGCGUCUACACCAUCCACGUGGCCAAUGUGACGGAGCCCAGGAAGGUGUUCUGUGACAUGGAGGCUAAUGGAGGCGGGUGGACCCUCAUCCAGCGCCGCGAGAAUGGCAGCGUGAAUUUCCAGCGGAACUGGAAGGAUUACAAACAGGGCUUCGGUGACCCGGCUGGGGAGCACUGGCUGGGAAAUGAAGUGGUGCACCAGCUCACCAGCAGGGCAGCCUACUCUCUGCGCGUGGAGCUGCAAGACUGGGAAGGCAACGAGGCCUACGCCCAGUAUGACCACUUCCAGCUGGGCAGUGAGGGGCAGCUGUACAGGCUUUCUCUGAGUGGAUACAGCGGCUCAGCAGGGCGCCAGAGCAGCCUGGUCCUGCAAGGCACCAACUUCAGCACCCGCGACGCCGACAAUGACAACUGUCUCUGCAAGUGCGCCCAGAUGCUAUCUGGAGGUGUGUGCAAGGGUGGUGGUUUGACGCCUGCGGCCUCUCCAACCUCAACGGCGUCUACUACCCAGCCCGCCACCACGCGCGCAAGCUCAACGGCAUCCGCUGGCACUACUUCCAGGGCCCCAGCUACUCGCUGCGCGCCACGCGCAUGAUGCUGCGUCCCGCGGCCGUCUAACCAGCAGCCGCGCCUGGAGGCUGGACCGCAGGAGGAGCCGUGGCUCGGGGUCCCCUGGACGAGCGGGACCCAAACACAGACCACAGUGCUGGGGCCUUGUCCUGGACCUCCUGGGUCUCCCCAGCCAGCCCUCGUCGCCCCCCGAGUCCAGAAGAGUCCGCCGCCUCCCAGUUCCCCUCAAGUUAUGAAACGAUGGCCUUUGGGGGAUCCUGCCUCUGCAGCAUCCUUCUUUCCUCUUCCCUCCUGUCUCCGGCAGGGGCCGCCUGCUCCUGAGGUCACAGUACCCUGAAUGAGCUGAGAACAGGCUUAAGUUGGCUCCUCAAAGGAAUACCUGACUGACGGUGGGAUUUCAGAUGCGAAGGUAUAUACAGGCAGGAAACGGCCCAGAUCGAGGCCCAGAUUCCGUCCCUGGGGCCGGUGGGAAGGCCAUCUCCUGCUCCAGGCUUUCUCAGCCUUGAAAUGUCCUUGAACCUCUGUUCAAGGCUGAAAAGGCUGUGUCCACCGCAUAGUGGAAUCAUUAUUUCCACCCCACGCUGUCCACCCCUCUGAGGCCCUGGCAUCUGGAGCUCAGACCUGGUCUCUCAGGGGCUGCAGGAGCUCUAAGGGGGUUCCUUUAGCCCUAGCAUGUCCUAGAACGUGUUCCAGAGAGAAUAACUCCAGCUCUGCUCUAAAAGCACUUAGGGUCAAGUGAGAGAGGGAAACACCAGGUUAGAUCAGUGUGAACAGGCAUUUUUAUCUGCAGAACUUGUCAGAGCCUUUAAUGUGGCCAUGUGCCUUGUGACUGCCCGUGAAAGAGUUAGAGUGGGCAGCCUUCUCCAAAUGUGCUUGUUUGAAAAAUGGGUCCUGUUUAUCCCAGAGCAUCUCUUGGGGCUGUGGAUGCCCCUGGAAAAAGCUGGUCCCUGCGCAUCAUGAGGAGGAGCCCCAGGGCCCCAUUCCUCACCCCUAUCUGUACUCACCCCCUCUGGCUACAAGGACCACAGUUACGGUCUCACAGCCUCUGAAAACCACUGGAAGGGAGCUUUGGGUUAGAGCAGACGCACGCUGCCCCUGAAGAAGGGUCUGGGACUAAGCUCCCUGUCUGCGCUGUGGACCGGGGUCCUUCUAGGCUCCUUCUGGGCCUGGGGCUGCCCCCUGGCACUCCCUGUAACCCCAGCUCACCCUCGCUCGAGUUCAGGCACUACUGGGGACUGUCCCCUCUGCCUUGUGCAGAGCACCACUCGCGGUCUGGAUCCUUCCUGCCUCCCAGCCGGAACCCCCAGCCCCUCCUCCUGCCCUGUCCAGCAGGGAUGCUGCAGCUGGGGGUCCACUGGAGGGAGGAGUGUGGGAGAGACUGGGCCUCUGCCUGAGCUGGGGCUCCUCCUGAGCUGCUCUCAGAGGACGAGGUCAGAGAGGGCCACCGCCAUCCACCCGGCUUCACUGUGUCACCCUCCUCUGUCCUGAUGAGGCCACCACGGUCCUGUCAUCUUCAGCCAACACCUGGGCCCUGCCAGGACCGACCUGCCCUGCCGCUAGGAUGCACCUGUGUCUUCAGCAGGUUUUCUCCCGGGUGAGGCUGGGGUGGUGGGAAUAGGGCACCUUCGUCCCACCUGGCUCUGCCCCCAAGUCCCAGCUCAGACAGUGCCCCCAGUAAACCCGGCACGGACUAAGGCUGACUUCCGUCGGGAGAACUGAAGGAUGUGGUUGCUAAUGGUGGCAUCUCAGGCAGGAGGGGAAAGUACAUAGGGGUGGGUUGCGGCCCAGAAGGCUCACCCGGCCUUAUACAGCGUUUGCCGCAGGCCUUUAGGUAGCGCCUGCUGUGUGCAGUGUGGCACGUGGAGCCUUGCAGCCGGACAGACCUGCUCCAGCUCUUGGACUCGAGGCCAGUGGCUCAGCCUCUCAGGGCCUCAGUUGUCCCAUCUGUGAAGUGGAGAUAAUGAUACUCCCUCCUCGCUGGGCUGUGGCAAGGAGGAAAUGAGACCCAUAUGUCAGCUUCCUAACACGGCCUGGUGUGAAGCAGGUGCCUAAUAAAUGUUAGUUCCCAGAGAGGUGAGUGGGGUGCAUGCCACCCCUUCUCCUGGGCCCAGGUGGGUAAGCAUUUAUUUUUGCAUCCCCAGCACUUAUUUUUGCCCAGCAGGGUUUAUAGGCUGGCUGUGUGCUGGAGAGGAGGUGAGGGCAAAGCUGUGAGCCCCAGGGACAGACUGCUCUGCAUGCGGUGAAGGCCCGAAUCCCUGAUGGCACUCCAGUUUCCUAAAAAAGGCUAAGAAGCUGAUUUGGGUCACCCCCAGACACCUGUUCUUAAAUAGUCCUCCUUCCUUCUUAUUUUCCAUCUACGCCAGGACUCUCCAGCACAAGGAAUAGAAACUAUCCUAAGGAGUGGAUUGCCUCACAUAGUGGGAGGUCUAGGGCCAGAUUCAGGCAUGGUUAGAUCCAGGGGCUCAAAUGAUGUCCCUCUCGGCCCCGCCACCUGCUAUGCUGACUUCAUUCUCAGUCAUGUUCUCUCCUGACAAGACGGCCCCACCAGCCCCAGGCUCAUGUCCUCCCAGCUGAGCAUCCCUAAGACAGAGAGGUCCUCUGUCCCAGUGGCUCUAGCAAAGGCCUGGUUCUCUCCAGCCAGGACGGUCCUGUGCCCAUCCCUGCACUUACCACUGUGAUUCUCAUUGACCUGACCUGGGUCACGUGAUCAUGCCUGGAACCAGGGGUUGGGGUCAGUCCCACCCAAGUCAUGUCGACUAGCAGUGGGGAAACUGAGGUGCUCUUUCAGGAAGCAGUGAUGCUGGGCAGGCAAGAACCGUCAUCCCUUUCUCCUUCCAUCUCUCUGACUCCCAUCUCUCUUCUCUCCAUCUCUGCCCCCGCUCACACCCUCCCUGGCCCCAGGCUCCGGCUCGUCCCCAGGUUACCCCCGACUAUUAGGGGCACAGCUGUGUCCUGCCCAGAGACAUGAGACCCUGGUUCCUCGUUCACAGUCCUGGCUCUGCCCCUGGGGCAGAGCCCCUGGCUCUCUCGGAGCCUCCGUUUCCCAGCUGUGCAGUAAGGACGGAGCAACUGCACAGCUCUAAAAGCCCACUGACAGUGACACUGACUCACAGGGGCUGCAGACAAGACCAGCUGGAGGCCCCCCAGUGGACAAGGCCCUGUGGGGACAUAGCUCAUGUGGCCUGGGCCCUGGCCUUGGCAGGGUGUCCUGGGGGCCGCUGCUCAUAAGAACUGGCUUCUGAGGUAUCUGCAUCUGCUGGUUCCUGCAGAAUCCUUGUCACCUCUCUACGUCAGACCAGUGUUCUCCCCAUUCUAGAGAUGAAGAAAUUAGAGCUCAGAGAGGGAAAGGGUUUUCUCCAAGACAGCACAGCCAAUUACCUCCUCCAGUGCGUUUACAUCUAUGAGCUGCCUCCCUCAUCCAGAGCUCUCUGGAGGCAUCUUGGCACCAACCACAGAAAUGCUGGGCUGGUGUCCUCUCCACCCAUAUCAAGGGCUGAAGAACAUUCUGGAAAGCUCUCUUUCUCUGGAGAAAGACCAGUCUGUCUUUCUCAUUGGCACCUGGAAGGUCUUGAUGGAGCCAGAUGGGCAGAACACGUUGUUCCCAAGAUCUCUGCAUGUUCCCAGCGAAAACGAUUUCCACCAGGGGAGAGAGCUCCCUGUGCACACUCCAGGGAUGACAUCCAGGGGCGAGGUAGAAGGCAGGCCCUGGCAAGGGGUGGGGGAGCAGCCAGCAUCAGGGGGGUUUGUCUCUUUGGCUGGAGCAUUUAACCCCUUUCUCCAGAUUUUCUUCCCCCUCGGAGUCUGUGUGAGCCUUCGCCUCUCCCAUUUAAAGAUGCUUCAGAAAGCUAACAGCGUUGCCUUGGCAACACCAGCAUCAGCAUCCUUUGACGGAGCAGCCCUUCAGGGAAUGGAGUCUGGUCCAGGCCACAUCCAGCAUAAGGGCGUUACUUUCUUGUGUUACAUUAACAUGGGCUUGCGUAGCUGAGGUUCUCGUGUGUGGGGCACACAGCGUUUAGCGUCCAACACAUUCCUGCCCUGCCCUGUGAGACCUCUCUGAGCCUCUUUCCGCAUCUGCACAACGGGGAGACUGGAAUCCAGUUCACGGGGAAGUGAUGUGAGUUCAGUGUGAGGGUGGACAUCCAGGCCUGGUUCAUUCAUUCAUGCGUUUAUUCAUUUAUGCAUGCAUUCAUUCAUUCACAUAGCAAGUGUGUAUUGAGGACCUGCCUGUACCAAGGCCUGGCUGGGUGAUGGGGAUGGAGCAGUGACUAAGACAGACAUCCACAGUGCUGUACUCAUAGAGCUUAACUGGCUAGAGGGAGAGAUUGGCCAAAACCGCAUUUUUUUCAAAAUUUGAAAAACUAACAAUAUAUUGUAAAUGAAGAAAAUAAACAGGAGGUAGAGAUAAGAGAUUGGAGAGAGUCCACCUUAGGGGGAUCAGGGACAGCCUCUCUGAGGAGGUGAUACUUAAAUGGAGGAUGAACAAGGUGAGAAAGAGGCAGCCAGGUGGAGAGCUGUGGGAGGAGUAGGCCCAUAGAUGGGGCAGCAUGUGCAAAGGCCCUGAGGUGGUCACAAGGAGCUCCCAGGAGGCCAGAGUGGCUGGAGCACAGCAAGUGGGGGAGAGUGCUGGAGAAUGUGCUCUCUGAGCACCUACAUCACAGACGGAAUCCCCACCCCAAGGCCCGCCAAGGACUGGACCCAGCCGCCUCUCUGUGUGGAGCUUCCCCUCUCUAGACCUGUUUCCCAGUCUGUAAAAUACAGGAGAGGGAUCACCUU